AUGCUUAGUUUUGACAAUUUCUUUGGAAAUACGAAUCAACAAUGCAAUGUGUUAAAUAACAGCAAGAGUGAAUCCUUUUCAAUUGAUCGUGCAGUAAGUGUAUUAUUUCCAAUUGGAAGUCGACAAUUCUGUCGUCGACAAAUUGCAUAUACAAUAACAUUUGUUCUUGUUUUUAUUUUAACAAUCUUAAACAGUCAUUUUCUUUAUGGAUUUGUCAUUAUUUCUGCUAAUUCAACAUUAAAUACUAAAAUUGAAUAUUGUUAUCAUCGUGAUGAUUCUUUAACAUAUCAAAAAUUAUUUGCUGCAUAUGAUUCUUAUGUUGAUGUUAUUAAAACAAAUGUUAUUCCAUUUAUAAUUAUGAGUAUUUGUAAUUUAAUUAUUAUUUUUCGUGUUUGUCGAUCAAAUUCAUCAAUUUAUUUAACAAAUGGAAGAAAUGUUAAUCGAACAACGAAAUCAAAAAGAAAAUAUGAAAAAGAUCGUCAAUUAACAUUUAUGUUACUUGGUUCAGCAAUUGCUUUUCUUGUUUUAACACUUCCAACAGAAAUUAAUGAUAUUAUUCGAUCACAUUCAGGAGAAAAACUUGUCAAUGAAAAAAAAUAUUUAUUAUCGGCAAUUCUUCUUUCAUUUGCACAUCUUAAUUAUGCGAUUCAUUUUUAUAUUUAUACUUUAACAGGUGAAGUAUUUCGACAACAAUUAAUUAAAUUAUGGCCAAUAAAUAUUAUUUGGCCUUAUAUUCUUCGUUUACUUCGAUGUAAAAAACUCAAUAAUUCAUCUCUAUCAACAAAUGAAACAAAUCUAAAUCGUAAAAGACAAGAUGAUACGAUUGAAAUGGAUCAAACAUUUUUUCAAACAGUAAAUAAUAAUGAUGAUGAUGAUAGUCCAAUUCUUUAA